AUGCGGCUUAUUCUGACAAUAUUAUGCGGUCUCUUUGUUAUCUCUACACUAGGAGAGCCGAUUAGAACAAAGAGAGAGCCUCCUGUAAGCUCACAAUACGGCGCACCACCAAUAAGUCAGCCGUCCGAUUCUUACGGUCCACCUUCAAAAUCCUAUGGUGCACCCUCUGAUUCAUACGCACCGCCUCCACCACCGUCAUCUUAUGGCGCACCGUCUGCGCCCUCGUCAUCUUACGGCCCACCAUCCGCGCCUUCUUCAUCGUACGGCGCACCGCCUUCCUCAUCUUACGGAGCGCCUUCGCAAAGUUACGGGGCACCAUCCGGCGAUCAUGGAUCUUUCGGCGGUGAUGGUGGCGAUCAUCAUGGAUCAUCGGGCGGUGAUUUCGGAUCUGGAUCCUAUGGUCCACCGAGUGGUCCACCCAGUGGAUCUUACGGACCUCCGGCGCACGAUCAUCAACCGAAAGGUGUGUGGAAAAAGAAAUUGGUAUGGAAACCCGAAUGGAAACAAAUCUGGAAAACGGAGUCAAAGAUGAUUUGGAAACAAGAGUGGAAAAAGAUACAGGUGCCGAUUUGGAAGGAAGUCCAAGUACCUGCUUGGAAGGAAGUCAAAGUACCUGCCUGGAAAAAAGUUCAGAAGCCUAUUUGGAAGGAAAUCCAAGUGCCAAUCUGGAAGGAAGUUCAAGUUCCAGCUUGGAAGAAAAUCUGGAAGCCCGUCUGGAAAGAAGUCCAGGUCCCUGUGUGGAAAGAGGUCCAAGUGCCCGAUUGGAAAAAGAUAUGGGUGCCAGAAUGGAUCAAAAUCGGCAUACCGGGCGAACAAUACGUGGGUAAAGAUCAGCACGGCUGGCAAUACACUAGCCACAGUCUCUGGAAGAAAAAAUUGAUAUGGAAGCCGGUCUGGAAGAAAAUCUGGAGAACGGAAAAAAAACAGGUUUGGAUAAGCGAUAAAAAAUUAGAAUGGAAGGCUGAAUGGAAGCAGAUCUGGAAGACGGAGAAAAAACAAGCUUGGGCUACUGACAAGAAGUUGAUCUGGCAAGAGGAGUCGGUGCAAGUAUGGGUGCCCCAAAAGAAGCAGAUCUGGGUCACGCAAAAGAAACAGGUGUGGAAGGAUGAAUGGAAAAGCAAGUGGGUUCCGGCUUGGAAGGACGUGCAAGUACCAGCUUGGAAAAAGAUCUGGAAGCCUGUCUGGGAGAAAGUCUGGGUCCCCAUCGAAUCUCACCAUGACGAGGACCAUCACGGUUAUAAGUAAAUCAUUAUCGAGGGUCAGGUUUGAUGGCUCGAUCUUUCUUCUGCAUUGCGAGGCAUCUAAAGAUCAAAAGGUCGAUUCAAAAAAUCGUCUGCGAAUUAUCAGCAUCAGCUAACCAAGAAAGUCGGUCAAACUUUACAAUAUUGUGAUAAUGGAUUGCUCGCCUGUAGACAUACAUUUCGAAAAAAACAAGAGGGGAGAGCCUUCGGGCUAAUACGCAUCGUACGAAGAAGAGAAAAGGCCUACAGCUAACAAUUAGAAAGCAUUGCGACGAUGAAAUGCACAUGAAAGUGAGCGAUGAAAAUUUUCAAUCGAUCACAUCAAGAACAGAUAACGAUUAAAUCGCAUAUUUAUCAAAGCCUAUGAUUCUUCAUGAAAUAUCAUACCGGCAAAAGAAUUUAUCAUCGAGAUAUCAUUGUGACUUAUACGUAAAUAUGAUUUAAUAAAAUUAUCUGUAAACGUUAUCUACACGGAAUAUAUCUUGAAAGAACAACUGUGCUGACAACCAAUUUUCAUUGGAUAAAUCUGCAAAAUAAUACGCUUUGAUUCUAAAAAUAAAUUUGUUAAAUUUGUUAAAUUAAGCUUUAAAAUUAAUUAGUCGAAAAACAUUUAUCACUCACUCAGUGGAGAACAAUGUCGCAAUAAAUAUUUACGUAUUCCUCACUUAUAUUUGUGCAUGCAAAAAUAGAUAUUUACUUUUUUAGAUUGUUUAUCAGAUGUUUUCUCGUUUUAUUUAAACAAUUUCAAAUUGAAUCCUUUUUCUCGUCCAUUUUUUCCACACUACAUACAUGAUUUAUUGAUUGCGAGCCUUGGAAUGACUCCGUCCAUAUUAAUAUUAUAUGUAAUUCAUUCUUAAUUUUGUAAAUAUCGUUUGAUUAUUGGGAUGUGUGCUUGUUAAUAUUUUUUAUACUUUAAUAAAUAUUAUUUUAUAU